AUGGAAUACGGUUCUCUCGAACUAGAGAAUAAACUGUUAAGAAAAGAAGUAGAUUCUUUAAGGACUGUGCUAAAAGCAGUUAGUAGCAGCAGAGAUUCUUCAAAUGACUGCUUUAGCCCUAUAGAAGAAGUUACUGACUCCUCCUCUGUAAGCGAACAAAAUAUUUUGUUCGCUCAAAGAGGGGUUAAUUAUCUUUUUUAAAAUAUUUAUAUAUAAAUUUUAUUUUUUCAAAAUUUGAUCGCAAAAUUGGAAAUAUGAAAUUAAUUUAUCAUUUAAAUAUCACAAUAUUAUUUUAUAAAUUUUUUUUCGCUCACGGAGAUUGGUUUUUAUCUAAAACUAGGGAUUUUUAUAAUGGUUUUAUUCGUUCGCGGGGUGGGGAGUGAGUAUUCGACUUAUCCAACACAUAGAUCAGCAUCUAUGACUGAAAUGCCAUGAAACCCUUUGGCUUUUCCAAGUCCAAAAAUCGAUAUAGUCCCUAAACCUAUCACUGGUCAGCAAGAUUUAAUUUCAAUGAAAGAAGAAAUUGAAGAAGAACUUUAUGAAAUUGAACAAAGUAUGAAAAAUCUGAGAUGCAAAGACAUCAAAAUUAAAAAAGAAAUGCAAAAAAAUAUAGAUUUUCUAAAGCGAUCUAUCGAAAAAAUUAGCGAAACUAUUGAAAAUAAUGAAAGGCAGCAGCAUCGACCUAAGAAAUCGUGAGCAAGCGAAAAUCGUACUUACUUAAUUACUUAGCUUUUAAAAUGUCAGGUUCUUAAGCAGGAUAAAUAAGAUAUGCAUAGGCCGAUCAUUUUAAGUCCCACUUAAGGACUUGUGGAGUAUCCCACGAAUAAAAUGGUGUCGAUGCCACCAAAAUGGGAGGGAUAUCCAAAUUUCUACGAUCUACCUAAGCUGGACAGAAACUACAUGCGGGGCGUGUUGCCUAGCUCUAGACUUGCCUCUCCACGUGCUCGGCCUAAGGGUCAGCCUCCUCGGUGCUUCAAGCGGUGAACUCCUAUGUAUAUUAGAAUCUUUUCGCUAACUGUCUUGGUCUAUGUGCAUAAAAAUGGCAUAGUGAGCCAACCUGCCUUCUUAACACCUGUAGCCAGACAGGAGUCCGGGGACCUUGUGGAAGGCAGAGCAGCCUGUCUUGAGAUUCCCUGGCAAGAUUUUACUUGGUCAGGUGAAGCGCAAUGUUGGGCUGACCGACCGCAUGCUCACAUCGAGGGCAUGGUUUACCUUAUGAGGAGAUGGCUCACUAGAGUGGGAAAGGAAAAUCCCAGCAAGGCCAGAGGGCGUUCGCUUGUCCAAUCGGGCAAUUUUUCCCAAGGGAUACCAGGAGUUGUGCUUUGGGCGGCAAGUUUCAGUCUGACCAAUAGCCUGACCAGAAAAUUCCUUUUGAGUUUUCGAAAGGGCAACCCCGUUGACGUAUAGCACUUUGACCCAGUGCCCUUAUGUCCCUGAUUUCUAGUGCAAGCCCUUGUCCGGAUGGAGCACAUGCCUUUAGUCUAUGGAGCCUGACUGACAAGCAAGAGGGUGGAGGGAACUAAGGAACAUGAAAAGCAGACAUAGCUGACUGGAAGCUACUCAAUAAUAAUUUUAGUUAACCUUACCCUAUGUGGUAAGCCUUGUUUUGCAUUGUAGAUAAAGGUGCAUCAGAUAACCGAAUCCCAUAAUAAUAACAAUAAAAUAAGCGGAGGAGAAAGUGUUUCUCUGAGAUCACUUCCUUACGCCGGCAUUUUAUGAUUAUCAGCAAGCGAAAAUCAGUAUGAAGAAUCUCUUUUAUUUCAAGAACUGACAAGGCUGAGAAAAGAAAAUUUUGACUUGAAAGAAGAAUUGAGGGCAACACGAACAAAUUCUCCUGUAGUUUUUUCUAAAACUUCAGAGGAUUUUCCAUUUGGUAGUCAGAAUUCAACAAUAAGAAAAAAUUUAUCAAGCAGUCGUUAUUUUCUUCAAAAAAAUAUCCCAAAUAAUUAUAAACUAUUUAUUUUCUAAAUUUAUCAAAAAAUAUUGACAUUUUUAUGCUAAAAAUAGUUUUUAUUAAUAGUGCAAAGUAUAACAGUAUAAAGUCAUACAGAAAUCAAUAUUAA